CUCCACCGGAUGUUGUGGGCUUUUGGAGGGUCUGACCUGAGUGCGUGCUAACGACUGAAAAAUGGAAAAAAUGGAAAAAAUGGAAAAAUUGGAGAACACAUAUAGAAUGACCGACAGAGACAUCAAACUGAUGAUACAGCUUCGUGCCGCUAACGCCGACGUCUUCACCGGACGGAAGAACUCUGCCAUGAGGGGCUGGAGGGCCAUCAGGAAGGAGAUGGGCAUCCAGGGAGCGCUGACCCCCCAGCAGCUAAAGAAGAAGUGGGACAACCUGAAAGACAAGUACCGGGCGCUGAAGAACCCCCCGGUGGGCGUGGAGACCCAGACCAACUCGUGGCGCUGGUUCAACCUGAUGGACGAGGCCAUGAGCGGCGCCCGCCCGUCGCUGCUGGGCGAAGACGCCGCCGCCGCCGCGCUCCUCCUCCCCAAAGCUGAGGGAUGUUUCUCUGAACUGAGGCUCGGGGGGUCCGGGGCUCUGCAGGAGGUCCUGGUGCUCAGCGAGAUCGAGGACCAGAGCAGAACCGGGUCGCCCGUUCAGUUCUCAGCCGUCCCCGAAACAGCCCACGUGAGUCUAGGGGGGAUGGAGAGUCCACCGGCCAGGAAUGAGAGCCCACCCGUCGUGCUGUACGCCACCCUGCUGCCCGACGGCACCUUCGGGUGCAAAAAGCCGCCUCCCCCCUCCUCCGUCAGGGAGGACAGCGCCGCCAGCCGGCGGCUGGAGCAGCUGCAGCGGGAGUGGAGGGCGCUGGAGGCGGAGCAGGCCCAGUUUGACGCAGAGCUGAUCGCUCUAGAGCGAGACAGGGAGCUGCUGAACAGGGACACGGCCGCUCUGGAGGCAGACCGGGCGGGUCUGGAUCGGGACCGGGCGGUUCUGGAUCGAGACCGAGUGGUUCUGGAUCGAGACCGGGCCUUCCUGGACCGAGACCGGGCCUUCCUGGACCGGGACCGAGUGUUCCUGGAGAGGGCCAGGGGGGAUUUAGAGAGGGAGAGAGCUCUGUUCUACCAGAGACUCUCAGACCUGGAUCCAGACCAGCUGGAGAGCAGACACAGACUGGUGGGCCUCUUCCAGAGGCUGGUGGAGAAACUGUGA